AUGCCCAAGAAAGGUGGAAAGAACAAGGCCAAGUCUAAGGCCAAGGCCGCGGCCGGCGCUGCGGCGGCUGCCCCCAAGAACGUCGCCACUGAUGUCAAGGAGACUUUAACCCCCGGUCACCAGGUCGAAGAAAAUGUCGCAAAGGCUGAAGGCGAAGUUGAGAAGACAAAGGAGGCUAAGGACGCGCCUGCUUCUGCGACGGCCGAUUCGACCGCCACAGUCGCUCCUGAUACCACUUCGAAGAUCCCUACGGCCGCGCCUGAGUCAGCGGAGGUUGAACCGGUGAAAGAGGCUGAGAAGACCGUGUCGGAACCUGCGCCGGAGCCUAUCGCAGAGCCUGAGCCGGAGGUCGCAGAGGUGGCCAAGAGGGACAGUAUUCAGGAGGCUGUGGAAAAGGUGCAGGCUUCUAAGGAGGGUCACAUUGGAUCUCUCGAUGGAGGCGACUCGGAGGGUGCAGUCGUCCUGCCUGAAGCGACUGCCAAGGAGUCGACAUUGAUUUCCGCCCCUGAUGAGACCAUUACCAAACCCACGGAGACAGUAGAGACACCAUCCGCUCCUGUGGCCGAGGAAACGACAGCUCCAGUUACAACGCUUCCCGAACGUCCCAGAGACACCACUCAGCCCCCUACCGACAACAUCGAGGCUAUCCACACCAAGCGUCCCUACGAGACCCCUCUGUUCACCAAGGAGGAGCAGAAGCCUCCCAAGAUGCCCAAGGUUGAGGGAGAACCGGAGGCUGAGCCUGCCGGCCAGGUCGUUUCUGGCCUCACUUCGGACGAAACCAAGGACUUGCACAAGGAGUCCAAGGAGAUUGCUACAGGCAACAAGGAUGUGGCUGAUGUGAACGCUACCAAGGAAGCUCCGGCCGCGGCACCCGUUGUCGCUGCCCCUGCUGCUGCGCCAGUUGCUGCUGAGCCCGCUGCGGCAGCUGCAGAGACCAAGGCUGCUGAAGCCCCAGUGACGGAGGCGGUCCCCGCCCAGCCUGAAAAGGUGGCGGAACCUGAGAUUGCUGCUCCUGCCGCUGCUCCGGCUGCCGAGCCUGCUGUGGCCCCUGUUACAACCGCUCCUGAGGCUGCCAAGGAGAAGGCUGCUGAGGCACCUAAGGAGGCUCCGACUGAGGCUGCGCCAUCGAAGGAGGCUCCCAAGGAGGCCGUGCCGGAGACAAAGCCGGAAACCAAGCCCGAAGCCAAGCCUGAAGCUCAGCCUGAGACUAAGCCUGAACCUAAGGCUGAAGCCACUAAGUCCGAAGCCGCCGCCGCCGCCGCACCCGGAAUAGCAGCACCCGCUGACAAGGCCGCGAUAGCCGCAACAGCUGAUCAAAAAGCCGCCCAAGCACCCGAACCCGUCAUCCAAAAGCCCGAACAGGCCAAGGUGGCCGCCGGCAAGGCAGAGCAAUCCGCUCGCGACAACCUCGCCAAGGUCCAGCAAGAAGGCAAGGAUAAGGCCGAACAGUUGAAGGCUGAGAAGGCUGAGAAGCGCAAGAGCGGGUUCUUCGGCUGGUUGAAGAAGAAGGUCAAGGGUGAUAAAUAG